AUGGAGGCCUGUGACAGGAGCCCGCAGCAUCACGAGAAAUGGGAAGGGAACGACCCACUAUUCCAAAGCACUCCAUACGAUGGCGUGGGGGCGGCCCAAAGUAUGCCCUUUGUCAAGCGAGCGCGAGAGAUGUGGAACUCCUAUCGUCUUGGUCUUUUCAAAAAGAGCCAAGUGCAGACAGGGACAUAUCCACUUCCACCUGCGCGCCUGUGCACCGUGCACUAUUCGAGCCUUGUCUUUAUGGGGCAGGAUCGGCCUCUGGAGGUGGCUGCGAUUGUAACGGACAGUUGCCUUUUUAUAGCGAGGAAAGGAGACAUUGGGCGCGUGGAUGUGAUGCUGCCACUGGAUACAGUGGACUACGUCGUGGAACAGAGAAGGGAGUUUAGGGGAAGCACAACUGUGCUUGCGUACGUUAACCUUGUUGUCAAACCUGCUCCGGGGAAGAAUCUAAAUGUGUAUAAUCUUAUAUUUGGUGGCGCGGAGGCAAACAUAUUUAUCGAGGUUUUUUCAAGAGUUUUCGAGGAUGCAACGGCCCGUCUUCUACCCAUGGUGUGUGACCCACGUGAAACGGCCGAGAGGUGUAAUCCACUCAGUACCUAUCACGUGCAUCUCCGUGCUGAGGAAGAAAUGCGGGGGCGCACGCUUUUGGCGCUCCUGAAAUACCGGAUGAUGCCUUUUAUAAGCACACUCUCUAAUGUCUCCCUUUUGCUGCCCGAAAAUGACCGUCAGUGGCGGUUUAUUGCACGCAUGUUGUUAUCGGUUUGCGAGCGCGUGGGUGUCGUGCGUGAGCUACUAAAGUGCUCUUUGGCAUUUGAGAUCAAUCGCGCGCGAGAUCCACUGCGUAACUGCGGCAUCGUCCAUGCCUCUUUUCGGCGCAUGGGUGGCUUCCUCCGAACCGAGUCCGUUGCGGAUAAAAUCAUUGCGUCGUUUACAGCCAAAUCCGCAGCGAGUUAUGCCUGCUCCACAGUUGGGGCGGCGCUGCGGCCCCUCUUAGAGACGCGUCAGGUUGACCUUUUUGACGCCAAUGAGACUGUGAGUUGGUCAGCGCACGUGUUUGCGCCACUGCUGCAGGCACCACACGGAACUUUUCCCGUUGAGGCGUCUGCCUUGGCACACAUAAUACAGGAGUUGGAAGGGGCUUCGAGGAAGAAGUCGCGGUGCUUCAUUGGGGAUCUGUUUUUUUCGCAGUUCGUGGCCCGAGGCGUGAGUGACCCGGGUUUUUUGGGCAUCGCAGACAGCAAUUUCUCACUGAUGCGGCGAAAGAAUUUAAAUCGCCUCGUGCGUGUCGCGGAGUGUGCGUUUAACGGCUCGGGGCAGUAUCCCGGUGUGGCGCACAUGUUUGCCCCACGCUCGUUGGUGGACAACGACGAGAAUGGCAUUCGUAUGUUGUUGCGUGAUGCGGAAGUUCGGUUGUUUCUGGAGCGUACUGCUCCCACCGCGGCCCGGUGCGUUGACGGGCUGCUGGCCACGCCCGAGGUUUGGUGCUACGGAGAAAAACCGAAGAGCGUCUGUGACGAUUCAUUGCUGCUGCUAGAGAAACGAAUGGAGCUUGCGGCGCUCAACGACACACUCGGGAAGUACGCGAGUCUCCUUUUGGCGGACACCACCGAAGAUUUCUGGGACCUCAUGGAGGAGGGGGAUCAACAUGGCGGUUGCCCUGUGCCGCUGAGGGGUUCCGUUGCUUCUGGCGCGAUCCUCGCCUCGGAGGACUUCGGCUCCGCGGAGGUGGAGCGGCUGCGAAAGGCAAAUGCCCAGUUGAGGGUGCAACUGCAUAAACUUCAGACUCGGGUGUGGUGGGGAUUGCCGCAAACAUGA